UCCCCGGGACGUGUGCAGAUGUAGAGGGCUGAGCAGCAUCCUCCUCCACAGGUUCAGCUGAUACCUCCGACUCCUGAGAGAGGAGAGAACAUACAGCGUUAGACUUCGUGUUAACGCGACCUAAACGACAAGCAGACGUUUCAUUCUAAACCCAACCAUAUUGUCGUUGUAGAGUCUAUUACACGAAUGUAGCUCACGUUAAACCAACGACAGGUGUAAAGGCUGAUGCUGCUAUGCUAACUUAGCUCCGCUUCUGGGCUGUGGGGUUCAGCCGGUGUAGCUAACUAGCUUUGAUAUCCAUAAUUUGGAGGAAAGAAAAUAUCAAUUUUAUGUUACCUAAACAGCAAACAAUGCACAUUGUUAGUUAAGUAUACUGUUGGACUGUUAAAACAGUUCAUUGAAAAGUGUCGAAGUUAAGUCUAACAAACGUGUGUAGCGAUGUAAAAGGUUAUACUGCUGAUUCAGCUAGAUACUUUGGCUAUGCUAACUUAGCUCUGCUUCUGUGCUGUGGGUUUUAGCUGGUGUAGCUAACUCGCUCAGCUAUCAGUUAUUAUAAUCAUAACUUGUGCUUCACCUUGGCUUUGCGCUCAUCCCUCCGCUGGUCAAACUCCUCAAAAGUUAUCCUCCCCUCCAGGUAGUCUAUGAGCUCCGAGCUGAAACCGGACAUCUUUUCCCUGUUACCGUUACUCCGUUAUGUGUCUGUGACUGACGGGCACAAAAUGCAUCAUAUCACGCUGCAACAAAACAGUAACUGUUAAUAGCGGAACACAUCCUCGUAACCGACUGCAGCGCUUCAAGAGCCGCUGACAACAAAUCGCCAGCAUCUUCAACUGCAGUCACGUGACACGCAAAUACUUCCGGGUUGGCGUCACGGAACUCACAUCGGUGCCAAGCCGGUAGCAUUCUACAUGCAUUUGAUUAUUUAGCGUACCUUUAUUGUCAAUAACUAUCCAGUCAUUAAACUGUUAGUGAUAUUUAAUUAUAUUCAGGAGGGCUUAAACGUAACCAGUUCCUCUAUUAUCGUCGUUUGAUAACGCCAAACACACAAGUGUUUUGGCGGCACCCAGCGGUGAAAAGCGGGAACGACAACCGUAUUUUGGGCCUUCAUCUGCGCAUCAAUAGUGUUGAAAUAUUUCCAACCAAAUGUCAUUAUAUAAUGGAAAUAAAGAUAGUCAUAUGUUUACAUUUUUAUUUAUGAAUGUCUGUGGAUUACCUUUGAAUAACCACGUUUAUCGAUUAAUUCAUUGUUCACUUAGUUAUAAGCUAUUUAUCUUUGUCAUACCUUAAACCUUUUGUUCCUUAAAAACUUCCCUUUUCACCAGAAAGUCACAUAUAUACAAACAGAAGUGGAAUGUAACUAAGUAAAUUUACUCAAGUACAGAUUUGAGGUACUUGUACUUUGUUUGAGUGUAGAUUACACUGUCUAGCAGUAUAGUAGGCUAACUACAACAAUACAACUAUACUUACACAUCAGUGAUGAUAAUCUAGUAAUACGGUAUAUCAUUGUGUAUUACUUACAGGGUGCAUUUUCCUGCAUUGUGUACUUUUAUUCUAGAUAUUCUAAAAACGUUUCACUAAUAACUGUACUGCAUGUUUCUUUAUAAUUCAUAGAUAUCAUUUCCAACUCAUGCACUUGUUUCUUAUUUAAGCUGCACACCACGUAUUCUUUGCACAACAUGUUUGGCUUCCUCAUUCAUUGUACUUCGCUGAAAUAUCACAAAGUAUUUUUACCACACGAAAGCGUAGCUCGAGCGUACAUAAUUGAACAUUUCAUACGACGUGUUUGAAUUGUUCUGAACCGGCUGGAGAUUUACGUCAAAACAUGUCUGCUUUUCCAUCUCACAGAGACCUAGAUAGUGCUGCUGUUCAGUCAACAUGCUCGUGAUUGACGUAUUCUGCGUUAUCUUUUUAUAUAUAUAUAGAGAGAGAGAGGGAUGGAGGGAAGAGUGGAGGAGGGUGUGGUUUCACCCCGGCACACGGUGCUUCUUUCCCGGCUCCCCCUUCAGGGUGUCCUGCACAUCAGUGGACUCUGAUGCUUCUCCAUCAAGCUCACAUUGUGUUGGUGUCCUGGAUGGUCUGGACCGUUUAAACUUUGUGACGACUGCACCUGAAGUCUGUAGCGCAGGUUUUCCAUGACUGUGGAGUCUCUGUCUCUCUCCCGUCAUGAACGUGACUCCGGGCAGCUGUAAGGCAGAGAUGCCGUACGGAUACCAACCCCGCAUGAGGGGGCUUUACAUCGCCACCGAGCUCGUCAUCGCAGUGCUGGCCAUCAUCGGCAACUUCCUGGUCUGUCUGGCUGUCAGCCGCAACAGAAAACUCCGCACUGUCACCAAUUACUUCCUGGUAUCAUUGUCAGUGGCGGAUAUCCUGGUGGGCUUGGUGGCCAUUCCCUGCGCAGUGCUGACAGACCUGGGUCGACCUCACCAUGACCUGCCCCUCUGCCUGGUGCUGCUCAGCAUCCUGAUGGUGCUCACACAGAGCUCCAUCCUGAGUCUGGUAGCGGUAGCAGCAGAGCGUUACAUGGCCAUCCUUCUGCCCUUCCAGUACCAGCGUGUCAUGAGCCCCAGGAACGCCCAGCUGGCCCUGCUGGUCACCUGGGGCCUGGGAGCCAUCUCCGGCACUGUGCCGCUCAUGGACUGGAUGAGACAACCAGCAAACUCAGACUACUGUAUCUUCACUUGUGUGGUGGACAUGAACUACAUGGUGUACUUCAACUUCUUCUGCUGCCUCGUGGUGCCGCUGGUGGCCAUGUUCGCCAUCUACGGCCACAUCUUCCUCACCAUCCGCCGCCAGCUCCGACGCAUCGCUGUGGCCAGGGGGACCACAAAGGACAGCGGGAGCACCGGGACAGAUGACAUUGGAAAUUCUUUUGCUGGGGGAACCACGGGAGGGGGAGCAGAUAUCGUAACAGGCAGACAAGCCAGAGAUGAGGCACGGAAAUGUGAGGGUGAAGUGAGGGCUGGGGAAGAAGUAGAGUCCGGGAUUGGGUCUCUCAUUGAAACCGAGACUACCACUGUCUUUACAAAGCCAGGGUUCAGGAUCGCCUCAGCUGGCUCUGCUCCUGCUGACCCCCCUCCCAGAGAGUCCAACGAGGCCAAAUCCAACCUUCGCACCCGUCAGGAGAUGCGCAAGGCCACCUCCCUCUUCCUGGUCCUGUUUCUCUUCAUGGUAUGCUGGAUGCCCAUCCACCUCAUCAACUGCGUUCUACUGUUCUGCCCACAGUGUGACGUGCCCAUGUCACUCACACUAGCGGCCAUUGUGCUUUCCCACGCCAACUCGGCCCUCAACCCAAUCCUCUAUGCGUACAGGAUGAGGUCCUUCCGAUACACUUUGAUAGGAAUGUGGAGAGGAAUGUGGAGCGUUAGGCCAAAACGCCAGUAGAGUAGAACUCUGUCACAAGUAAGUAAAUAAGUCAAAUUUAUUUAUAAAGCGCUUUUCACAGACAAAAGUCAAAGUGCUUAACAGGGCAGAAAUUACAAGCAUAAAAAUCACAAUGUGACCAUGGGGCCAAUAAUUUACAUACACACAGAAAACAUACAAAAUUAAAACAUAGUUUAAAAGCAGGUCUAGGACAUGGGUUUUACCCAAACGCCAGUCUAAAGAGGUGCGUUUUGAGCUGGUUUCUAAAAGUGUUCAGAGUCUGCGAGGCGUAGAGGUGCAGGCAGAGCAUCCCACAGCCUCGGUGCUACUGCCUCAAAAGCUCGGUCACCACGGGUCUUAUUAAGGCGUGUGCGUGGGACAGACAGAAGACCCUGCAUAUGGAUGCUUGGUCAGGACCCUUUGGUGUCACUUUGUAACGCGUUGGGUACCCCUUGGCGCCACUUAGGUUUAGGCUAAAAACUAUUUGGCUAGGUCUAGGAAAACACAAUGGUUCGGGUUAAACCUCCCUACAUAAACCUACAUUAUGUACAUAAGUUAAGUACUCUGUCACAUGCAUUACAUUACGUCAUGUACUCUACCAAACGUACUUUGCAUAAUGUACUUGACCGAACAUACUUUAUGUACUGUACUUACGUGCAGGGUCUAUCAUCCUCUACACAAGAACCAUUUGAAGUGAUGUCUGUACAGACAGAAAGCUCCUGCACAAUGCAGCAGUAGGAAAGUCCACAUUAAGGGUCAUCUCUUGCACCACAAGAGGCGUUAUUUAUAUUAUUUCGUGCCCUUGUUGCAAAUACUACGGAAGAUAAGAUGCAAAAAUACCCUGUUGCAGCAGCCUACCCUCUACCUUUGUCCUUAACUUUAUCAACUUCCCUGUUCUUUCUAAAAAUAAAUAUAUUUUCCUAACAAAUUCUUAAUUUUCUAAAUGUUUAUAUUUGAACUCCACCUGAGAUAAUACUGUACGUCUAGCCCAAGGUCUCCUUUUUAGGAACCAAAGGUAUUUUUUCCCUUCAUUUGUAUCCGUCUGUCUCUCCUGCUGCUGUGUGUCGUUAUACGGCUGCAUUCUAGACUCUUCAACUUUCCUCUUUUUGGAAAGUUGAAAAUGAUUAAAAAUCUUUUUCAUCGGGGCGACGAGGAUGCGACACAUUUUUUUAGAUGCACACAAGUGUGUAAGGUGCACAUUUCUUUUUUGUGCUUUUGUUAAAAAUAAACAAAUCAAAGAGGCAAGUCAAAUCAACAGAACUGCGUGCUUUAUUGACAUACAGUAAAGCAUUUUAUAAUACAGUAGUAAGGCAUAUAUUUGGUGGAAUCUGAUAUGUUGUGAAGUAUUGAUGCGUUAUUUGAAAAAAAAUGAUGUGAGAAUGAAACAUUAGAAAUGAAAAACAACAAAAACCAAUCAAAUCCAGUGUCUGGGUUCAAAAGAAAAGAAAAUGCUGCAAGAAUAUGAUGCUGUAAAACAAACGAUGCUCGCCAUGGGCUCCUCGGAGUGGUUAUACAUUAAAUAAAGAUUGGAGUUCGUUUAGUCACAUGCUAAUAUAACACCUCACACGGCACAAAACAAAAUAGCCUUUUAGCCAAAGACAAAAAAGACACUGCUAGAAUAAACGCAACCCCCACACAGAAAACGGAUAUCUAGCAUGACCCAGGUAUGACAGUAGUGCACACAGAUUCAUCUGAACGGUGUUUUUAAUACUCGAGUCAUGAAUCUCUGGUGGAGGCGAGCGAUGCAGUGAAUGCAUCUAAACAUUCGGGUUGGCGGCUCCGUGAAUCAACAAGCGGAGGGAGUGCGGGGUGGAGCACGGUGGAGGGAAUGGCCGAGUCAGACGAGGUAGAGCUCGCGUUACCGGGCUUCCUGAAAGAGUUCUCCGUCAGCACUCUAACAGAAGAAUUCCCUCAAAAAUAAUCUCGACCAGCAGCCCUGUGACAAUCACAUUCUUCUCAGUUCCUCUCACAGUACUUCUGUACACAGUGUACUGUGUGUACUCAACAGGCCCUAAAGAGACUUUCAUCAAAUCCUUACUUAAGAUGUACACUUUCACACAUAACUGACUAUGUCUACAUGCUCAUAUUCCACUAUUAUUCAGAAUAUGACAAUAUUCCAAAUUCGAUAUGUAAACAUAUUUUAUGUUUGGAUAUGAAGUCAUUAUUCUAAAUUCUGAUUCAGACAUGUGGAAUAUGUCGAUAUUAUUCACAGGAAUAUUAGUGGAAUAUUCAUAUUCAUUAGCCAUGUAAACAGCUUAUUAGGAAUAUUGGGCAAAAACUGAAUAUUUGGUGCAUAAACAUAGUCGGUGUGGUUAAAGGUGCAACAGAACACCCAUCAGUGAUGCUGACUGAAGAGAUUGAACAGACCAGGAGGAGCGCCGGUUGGUAGACGCUACAAAGUUGCAUCUUGGGAAAUGUAGGAUCCAGUGUUUUUAAAACUUUACCCGAAGAAAUACCACGAAGAAAAACCAACACCAAGAGGAGUUUCCCCCUGGACUACUUGAGAAAAGAAAAGAUUACAGUCUCUACAACUAUGUAGUUCAAUUAUUGGCAAAUGGUCUCCAAAUUACUUCCCAUAUGUGCAUUAGGUUUGACCUGGUACAGCCCGUUUAUGCACACCGCACACUGUUGAAAACAAAUACGGGCUUUAAAAAAGUGCUGCCGUAGAGAUGUGAAUCACAGGGAUGACGGAUAGAUGGACGGAUGAGUGGAUAGAAAACAAUAAUUCAAAUACAACUUGAGGUUUGUCAGCCAAAACAAAAACAAAAACAAAAAAAAAGCCGUAGUGUAAUGUGGAAAUUAGGCACGACCACACAAACACACACACACACACACAAACACACAGACAACGUACUGUAAAGAUCCAGGAUGCCUGCAUUACCUUGACAGUAGUGUACGCUGUUGUAGAAAUGUUCCUCUUAGAAAGCACCCUCUUGAUUACAAUCACUUUUUUUUUUUUGAUACAAAUGUUUGAAAUGCUUUAGCUGUUUCCGCAAUUACAAAGAGAUGGCAAAUAUCCGACCACGAUGAACACACCUAUUUGUAUCUCAUCUCUCUUUGCCCCCCCCCCCUCCUUAUCCAUCCCAUACUUGUUUUAUACAUUGCAUAGAAGAUUAAAAACCAGCCUCUGUUAUUAAUAAAACAACUUCAGGACGUUUUAAGAAACUACUGAAACUUUUUCUUUUGUUGG